GGGGCCAAGUGCAUCCAGGGCGGAGGGUGGCGGGAAGCUGUCUGUGCCUGAGGAGUCACUUUUUAGGCGCUUGUUCUGGAGCAUUGCACAAACGCGGGUGCAAACCCCAAGCUCACCAGCGUGAGUCAGCGGGGCCCGCAGCAGCAGGAAAGGGAAAGGUGGGCGAGGAGGGCGCCGCGCACCCCGAGGCCCGCGCGGGCAGUGGGAAGGACUCGGUGGCGACAAGGGACACCCCUAGCGGCGGCCCCUUCCCCAGCCCUACAGGUGAGCGCGGGCCCGCCACGGGGCGGAGCGCGCCGUCCCCACCGGCCACUCUCCCGGCGCCACCACCACCGCGCAGAUUAUAUCUGGGUGCUGACACCCAGCCACUCCUCUGCCAAUGAAGUACAUCCUGGUCACUGGAGGGGUCAUCUCGGGCAUUGGUAAAGGGAUCAUCGCAAGCAGCAUUGGGACGAUUCUAAAAUCAUGUGGACUCCGAGUGACUGCCAUCAAAAUUGACCCCUAUAUUAACAUCGAUGCAGGCACUUUUUCACCUUAUGAGCACGGUGAAGUGUUUGUCUUAAAUGAUGGUGGAGAAGUUGACUUAGACCUUGGAAAUUAUGAACGGUUCUUGGAUAUUAACCUUUAUAAAGACAACAACAUCACUACUGGGAAGAUAUAUCAGCAUGUGAUCAAUAAAGAGAGGCGUGGCGAUUACCUGGGAAAAACAGUACAAGUUGUCCCGCACAUUACCGAUGCUGUUCAGGAGUGGGUUAUGAAUCAAGCUAUGGUGCCCGUGGACGGUCAUAAGGAAGAACCCCAAAUAUGCGUCAUUGAGUUGGGUGGCACCAUUGGAGACAUUGAAGGGAUGCCAUUUGUGGAAGCAUUCAGACAAUUCCAGUUUAAAGCAAAAAGAGAAAAUUUCUGUAAUAUCCAUGUUAGCCUUGUCCCACAGCCCAGUGCUACCGGAGAACAAAAAACCAAACCCACACAAAAUAGUGUCCGUGCGCUGAGGGGGUUAGGCCUGUCUCCUGAUCUGAUUGUCUGCCGAAGUUCAACGCCCAUCGAAAUGGCUGUGAAGGAAAAGAUUUCCAUGUUUUGUCACGUGAACCCUGAACAGGUCAUAUGUAUCCAUGAUGUUUCAUCCACAUAUCGAGUGCCAGUGCUUUUGGAGGAACAAGGCAUUGUUAAAUAUUUUAAAGAGAGAUUGGAUCUGCCCAUUGGUGAUUCUGCGAGUAAUUUGCUUUUCAAGUGGAGAAAUAUGGCUGACAGGUACGAAAGGUUGCAGAAAAUGUGCUCCAUAGCCUUGGUUGGCAAAUACACCAAGCUCAGCGACUGCUAUGCCUCCGUGUUCAAAGCCCUGGAACAUUCAGCCUUGGCCAUCAACCACAAGUUGAAUCUGAUGUAUAUAGACUCCAUUGAUCUGGAGCAGACCACCGAAACUGAGGACCCUGUGAAAUUCCAUGAAGCUUGGCAGAAGCUCUGCAAAGCUGAUGGCGUUCUUGUGCCAGGAGGCUUCGGAAUCCGAGGAACAUUGGGGAAACUCCAGGCCAUUUCUUGGGCCCGGGCAAAGAAGAUACCUUUCCUGGGAGUUUGCCUUGGGAUGCAACUGGCAGUGAUAGAGUUUGCAAGAAACUGCCUUAACUUGAAAGAUGCUGAUUCCACGGAAUUUGAGCCAAAUGCCCGUGUUCCUGUGAUUUGCCUAUUCUGGACAUUUCGCAUAAAUGGCCUCAUACAAUAUGUGGCCUUUCCUGACUGA